AUAUUCAUCCGUCCCACUCUGUCCACCACCACAGAUUGGAUGCGUCACGAAUGAGGUAUUUGUCCCAGCCCUCCCAAAUUUUGAUUUGACUUCCCCCAUUGGAGUAUUUGGCCAUAUAUUCUCCCUAUAUAUACCCCCCAGUUCCUGCCAAUUGGGAAAAUCAUUUUACUCCUCAUUCCAACAAUAACUUCUCCAAUUGUCAUCAAUCAAUAUAAGAAAAAAUGGAACGACAAGCAGAAGCAGGGGAGGAAGACAGUACUACGCACCUCCAAAUCCCUCUUCUCACUCCCUACAAAAUGGGAAACUUCCAACUUUCUCACAGAAUUGUCUUGGCACCAUUGACUAGACAGAGAUCUUUCAAUAACGUUCCUCAACCACAUGCUAUCUUGUACUAUUCGCAGAGGGCCACUAAAGGGGGUCUUCUCAUUUCAGAAGCCACAGGGGUUUCUGAUACUGCACAAGGGUAUCCUUUUACGCCUGGUAUUUGGACAAAGGAGCAAGUUGAAGCCUGGAAGCCUAUUGUCGACGCUGUUCAUGCGAAAGGCGGUAUCUUCUUCUGUCAGAUUUGGCAUGUGGGAAGAGUUUCAAACCAUGGUUUCCAGCCAAACGGCCAGGCUCCAAUCUCUUCUACAGACAAGGAAUUGACUCCUCAAUUUCGAGCUAAUGGUAUUGAUGUAGCAGAAUUUUCACCUCCACGACGGCUAAGAACUGAUGAAAUUCCCCUAGUAGUCAAUGAUUUCAGACUUGCUGCAAGGAAUGCUAUGGAAGCUGGUUUUGAUGGGAUUGAGAUCCAUGGAGCCCAUGGUUACCUAAUAGACCAGUUCCUAAAAGACCAAGUCAAUGACCGAACUGAUAAAUACGGAGGCUCUUUGGAGAACCGUUGCCGAUUUGCCCUAGAAAUCGUUGAAGCUAUUGUUAAUGAGAUAGGAUCAGAUAAAGUUGGAAUCAGGCUUUCUCCGUUUGCUGAUUACAUGGAAUCAGGUGACUCAAAUCCAAAGGCUCUAGGUCUUUAUAUGGCUGAAUCCUUGAGUAAAUUUAGUGUACUAUAUUGUCACAUGGUUGAGCCUAGAAUGAAAAACGUUGGAGAAAAAUCUGAAUGCCCCCACAGUCUUGUGCCCAUGAGGAAGGCUUUCAAUGGCACUUUCAUUUCCGCGGGUGGUUAUGACAGAGAAGAUGGUAACCAAGCUGUUGCAGAGAAUCGCACGGAUCUUGUUGCAUUUGGCCGUUUGUUCUUGGCCAACCCAGAUUUGCCUCGUAGGUUUGAGCUCAAUGCGCCGCUUAACAAAUACGACAGAGAAACUUUCUAUGCUCCUGAACCUGUUAUUGGCUACACUGAUUAUCCAUUUCUUGACGCCACUGCUUAAAAGCACAAUGGUAGGAUCACUCUAGUUGUUGUCCUGAUCUCGGAUUUCACUGUUUGAAAUGAAGUUCUUCUUCAAGUGGUUCUUAUUUUGCUGUAUCAGAAUAACCCUCCAGACACUCAUGAAUGGGUACCAAACUGCAUUCUUUUAUAAUGUAAUUCACCGGAGGGAGCCUGUUGUAUUUAGCGCCUUGUGCAUUGGCACGAUAGAAUUAUUUAUUGUGUCAAUUUCUGUAGCUAUUAAACUUAUAUUGUUGAUGAUUGGAAAAGUUGAACU